AUGUGGCUGCAUUCGUAGCGGUGAGCUUACAGUGCACGGAGCGGUGCGGUCCAUGUGCUCUGCAUGGAUGGUAAUAUCGCGCUGUGCAACUUAAACCACGGUAGCAGACAAGAUGUCCAACGCACCCCACGACCCGUUCUAUUCCUCUCCAUUUGGACCUUUCUACAGAAGGCAUUCUCCCUACAUGGUACAGCCAGAAUAUCGCAUCUACGAAAUGAACAAACGGCUCCAGUCGCGCUCAGAGGAAAGUGACAACCUGUGGUGGGAUGCUUUUUCUACGGAGUUUUUUGAAGAUGAUGCCACUUUAACGCUUUCAUUUUGCCUGGAAGAUGGACCAAAGAGAUACACCAGUGGGAGGACGCUCAUUCCCUCGCAUAUUUCAGCACUGUGUUUCGAAGGCGGCGUCACCGACUUGUAUUACAUCCUCAAACACUCCAAGGAGUCCUUCCAUAACUCAUCCAUCACUGUGGACUGUGAUCAAUGCACCAUGGUCACUCAGCAUGGAAAACCGAUGUUUACAAAGGUUUGUACAGAAGGGCGUCUGAUUCUCGAGUUCACCUUUGACGACCUUAUGAGGAUCAAGACAUGGCAUUUUACAAUCAGGCAGUACAGGGAACUAGUCCCCCGCAGCAUUCUGGCUGUGCACGCACAAGACCCUCAGGUGCUGGAGCAGCUGUCGAAGAACAUCACCCGAGUGGGUCUGACCAACUUCACCCUAAACUACCUCAGGCUGUGUGUCAUACUGGAGCCUAUGCAGGAGCUGAUGUCCAGGCAUAAAACCUACAAUCUCAGCCCACGGGACUGCCUGAAGACCUGCCUGUUCCAGAAAUGGCAAAGGAUGGUGGCCCCACCAGCAGGACACCCACAGAACUUCAAAACGGAAAUUUUCCCUACAAAUCUCAAAAAAGCAGAACCGACAAGACAGACGGCAACGAAGCGACGGAAAAGGAAGAAUUCGGCCAGCAGCGCAUCCAACAGCAGCACGGGGAAUGCCGGCGGCAAGAAGCGCAGCCCGGCCAGCAACUUCACCCUCUCCAGCCAGCAGCAUCAGGAUCCUGUCCAAAUGAAAAAAGAUGUGAUGGUAGUCGGAGAGCCCACAUUGAUGGGCGGGGAGUUCGGAGACGAGGACGAGCGGCUGAUCACGCGGCUGGAGAACACGCAGUAUGACGCAGCCAACGGCAUCGACGACGAGGAUGACUUCAGUGGCUCCCCAGCGCUUGGCAACAACAGCCCCUGGAGCAGCAAACCCUCCAGCGGGCAGGACGCCAAACCGGAGACCGCAGCAGCCCAACCCUCGCAGUAAGGUCAUGGCCAUGCCCUCUGACCUCAUGCUGCACUCGAUGGGUUCCCAAGGUGCAGUACCCAUCCCAGGCACAAGGGGGCAGCAGCCAGUACUUACCAGCUAUUGUUUUUGUCCUCUCCCUGGAACAGAGCGAGGAGAAACCUCAAUAUGAAUACUACAAAACAAUGUCUUGCGUACACACAUGCACGUGUGCUGGAACAAGAACAACACGCUAUACAUAUAUAUCUGAGGCCACCUGAUUGCCUCCCUUGUUACCAGCAGGAACCAGCAGUCUGGAUGGCCUGGCCAACACAAGACUUGCUGAUCAACACCGGCCUCGCUAUCUCUGACAAAUUUAAAAAGAAAAAAAAGCUUUAAAGGCUCCUGUCUGGCAGUCUGUGACUUUUAAAGGGAUCUACCCACGAGUUUGCUUUAACCCGGAUGGGAAGUUUGAAAACGAUGAGUUUGAGAACGCCGCAUUUGUUUCAGCAUAUUUGCAUUUGCAUUGCAAAGCGAAUCUUUUAUUCCAAAACAAACAAAAGUGAGUCAUCUUUUGUUAUGUUCCUCCAUUUGCGUUUUUUUUUUGUCUGGAAUUGCCUUUUAAAGCACUGCACCGUGGCACUAAUUGUUUUCUACAGACCAGUUAAUUUUGUUUCACGUUUGUUUGUUAUCGUUAGCCUCAUCAUCAAGCCUACCUGUUACUAUCAGGUUGUAAAUUAAGUGUGAGUGAGAAAAUGAUGCUGAAUAUGAAGCUCCAAGUUAUUUCUAUAGUUUUAGAAACUCUGAUUAUGUGAAGUAGUCUUUUAAGAUAUCGACUCCCAAACUGAAUAACACACUGGACAAAACACUUAAAAAUCUGAUUUUUUUUUUAUUUCGUUUGCUGAAGUUUUGCCAUAGUCAUUUAUGUUUGAUUAUGUGUAAAUACCAAAAGUCUUAAUUUGGGCAUAGUGUGUCCUUCUUUGGCUUUACCUCCUGCUUACACUGAUGCCUCACUAACCCCUUUCUGAUCAUUUUUAAUAGAAAAUAUCACAUAAUUGUGCUCCACUAUUCCACUGGGAUGCUCUAACUGGUGAUUCUAAAAGACCCCUCUGUCAUUCCCUGUACUUGUGAUCUUGUUAAGGUCAAAGCUCUCUGAAAGCCACUCUUCCCAAGUUACAUUUUGCAAACCAAAGCUGUUCCCAUUAGAAAAAAACUGCUCCAGUGACUUUCAAUAGCACAGCAUGUAUAAUGCUCAUAUUAAUAUGUUUUUUUUUCUUAUUGUCAUUGUUAUGGAUCCAAAAACAACUUCCAGUCUUGGGUGAACUUGUAUAUCGAACAGCAAAUGGAGAAACUGGGAGUGGAUGUUUGAAGAUUUUUGAGUUUGUAUGGUUGGCGUUUGUUAUGUGACUUUGUGUCAGAUGGAUGUUCCAGCACAGUGAAUUUGGAGCAGGGACUCGUAAGGCUGUUCUGUGUGAAGUUUGCUUCUCACCAGCUGUGUGGGAGUGAUUUGUACUCCCCUGUUUGUUUAUUUCUCCCCUUAUAUUUCCCAAAUCCUCCUUCAUCUGCUUGAGUUCUGCUCCGUGUUGAACUACUGAGCUCAUUAUCAGUCUGGGGCCUGUAUAUUUUCUCUCUCUCUUUUUUUUUGAGAAUAUUUAUAUAUUUUCCAAAAUAUAUUUUAGAGCCGUGCUUCUGAACCCGGUCCUCGGGGACCUCCAUACGGACCAUGUUUUCGCUCCUCCCAGCUCCCUGCCAGACGGUCUACAUUUUUGCUCCACCAGAAACUGGUGGGGAACAGAAAAAAACGUGGACUGUCUGGGGGUCCGCGAGGACCGGACUGAGAAACACCGUUUUAAUGGGUUCCUGUGUAUAGAUCCUUCAGCAUCCGAAAAAAAAGUCAGUGCAUGACGGUGUGACCAUACUUAGGAUGCUCUGCACGCCACCGUGAAACACACUGCGUCAUGUGUUCCUCCCUCAGCCCUGCUGCAGCGCCUGAUCCAAUCCCCAGACUGAGACCUGGUGUUAGACACUAGCCUGUCUCUGUGCACAGUCUGCAUGUUGGUGCACAUGCUUUCCAGCCCCUUCAUUACUGGGGCUGCUCUAGAGCACUGAUCCAGCCAUGUGCCUGCCAUCGACAUCAUCUCUUCCACACUGUCUCCAAAUACAUGGCAACAGUCCCACUGUUGCCAGAGAGCCAAUGCAUGUCAGAGGAAUUAAAACAUAUCACUGAAUGUGCCAUUUAAAUCCAUGAACAUUGCUCACAACAGUCAGUCUUAGAUAUUGGAGAUUUUUUUUUUUUGUUAAAUUACAGACAACAAUGCAUUUGUUUUUUAUAAGUACUAUUUUCUGAUACUUGUGUCCAGUAUGGUAUGUUUUUCAGGUUGGGAACACCAUUCAAAGGUCAAAGCUUUGUAAAUAAGCUAAUGAAUCAGACAUCUUAAAGCCAUCGAACCCAUUUCUUAGAGAAUGUGCGGGCUUUUCGUGUUUUUAUCGUACUUAAAUUGACUCUGGUGUUUCUUUGAUCCUAACUGUCAUUAACCUGCCUCAGCUGUCUUCUUUUUAUAACUGUGUAUUUAUGUGUGCAUUUAUAAGAAAGGAAGAACAUUUCUGAAUUUGUUUGGUCCCCGUAUUGAUAUUGUUCAACACAACAUGUAAAAUAUUAGCAAAUAUGUAUGUCAUCUCUGAUGUAUUUUACGUAUGCUUUGCCAUUUUGUGUGCCAAUAAACCACGCUAACCCUA